AUGGCGAGCAGACGGCGCCACGUCAGAGUCUGUGUUCGGGAUGAAGACCAGCGCUGGGACCAAGUAGGUCCCGGGGACGUGUCCUGGGCUUCCACUGAGCUGGUCCAGCUGCCUAACUGUGAACUCGAUGGGCUUGAACAAAUCGCUGCUUUGGUUACCUCGGUUCUCCCCUCGCCUACCGGCAAGGAAAGGCUGGCUCUGGUCCUGGAAAGUGAGGAUUAUAUUCAAAAACUCCUGCAGCUGUUCCGCACUUGUGAAAAUCUAGACAACACUGAAGGCUUACACCGUUUCCAUGCAAUUAUUAAAGGCCUGUUCUCCUUCGACAGCAAACCUCUGUUUAAGAUCAUGCUUUCUGAUGAGUGUAUCAUGGAUGUGAUGGGAUGCCUUGAAUACGAUCCUGCUUUGGCUCAGCCAAGACGGCAUAGGGAAUUCUUGAGCCAAACUGCCAAGUUCCAGGGAUUUAUACCAAUAACAGACUCUGAACUUAGGCAAAAAAUAUGUCAGAUGUACAGAGUGCAGUACAUAUAUGACGUUCUGGUGCCUCAACCACCCACAUCUGCAGAUAAUCUUUCUACUCUUCAACAUUUUAUUUUCCUCAAGAAGGUUGAGAUAGCCAGCAUGCUGCAGCAAGAUCGCAAGUGUUUGUCUGAAGUUUUAGCAAAGUUUCAGGAUAAGACUCUAGAUGAUGACAAACGGCGUGAAUUGGUGUUUUUUUUCAAGGACUUCUGUGCAUUUUCUAAGACAUUACGGCCUCAAAGCAAGUAUAAGUUAUUCCAAAAGUUGACACAAUUGGAAAUUCUUCCUGCUCUUAAAAUCGUAAUGAGUGCCGAUGAUUUGCUAAUAAGAUCGGCUGCUACAGAUAUAUUUACUUAUCUAGUUGAGUACAGUCCAUCGAAGAUCCGAGAACCUGUAAUGGAGGAAGCAGAGAAGACUGAAGGUGAUGACCUUUUCAUUAAUGUAGUGAUUAAACAAAUGACCUGUGAUACUGAUCCUGAGCUGGGAGGUGCUCUGCACGUGAUGGAACAUCUGCGCACUUUGCUUGAUCUGGACAACAUGCUGUCAGCAUCCAAUAAAAACGUAAGAUGCGAUUUUCUAAAUUGCUUCUAUAAACAUUAUGUGCAUAACUUCAUAGCACCACUUUUGGCCACCACUUCAGAAGACAUACGUGAAGGAGGUAAUAUAUCCACCGAAAGCAAAAAUGGCCCCGGUGCUGUUCGCUUUAUGAGAAGGAUGAUUGGCCUUAAAGAUGAACUUUAUAAUAGUUACAUCAUCAGGGGAAAUCUGUUUGACCCAGUUGUAAAUGCUUUUCUGCAUAAUGGAUCCAGGUACAAUAUGUUGAAUUCAGCUAUUAUUGAGCUGUUUGAAUACAUAAGAGUGGAAAAUAUCCCAUCUCUUGUUGCACAUAUAGUCGAAAAGUUUUAUAAGGCACUUGAAUCAAUUGAAUAUGUCCAGACAUUCAAAGGAGUGAAGAUUAAAUAUGACGAUCAGAAAGACACGGAAAGUCGAAUACAGAAUUAUUUGCGUUCCAUCCCAUAUGGUAACAUACCUCAAGGAGGUGCCAAAGUCUCGGAGGGACGAGGGGACCAGGGUGACGGCCAGGAGGCCACGCAGACGCGGAAGCCGGAGCGCGGGAGAAAAGGCGGAAAGACAAGAAUCCCUUUUGCAGGAGAUGAAGAGAGGAGUGGAAACGUGCAGGAUGGGGACACGGCGGGGCAGCUGCGCUCUGCGACAGUGCUCAGUACGUCCCCUCAUGGCGAGGGGAGAACCGAGGUAACCAAAGCAGCGAUUUGUUCAAGCCCAUCGAGUUCACAGUUAGGCAGCUGGACCAGCUCAGUGGAAGCCCAGGACACGUCCCCGGGACCUACUUGGUCCCAGCGCUGGUCUUCAUCCCGAACACAGACUCUGACGUGGCGCCGUCUGCUCGCCAUGUCCACCUCCGGCCUCACCGCACCAGACCCGGGGUUGGCUCCGGCCGCCGCUUUGCGUAUCCUGGCAACGGUAGCUGCGGCGACUAGGACAGCUACGGUGGCCGAGGUGGCAGUUCGGGUCGGCAGUGGUCACAGGGGCAGCAGCGGCUCCUGGGAGGCCACAGGUCAGCAGGGUUCCCGGCGGCCCUGCUGUCUUCCACUGUCACCCCUUCAAUGUCCCCAACCUCCAUCCCUGCCUUCUGCCCUCCCUUACCUACGCUCUCCUAAAAAGGGAGCCUCUGGGCCUGCUCUCGGCUGUCUGAAAUAG